AUGGCCCCAGGGGUUGAAGAGCUCCAAUUUCCUCAUCUUCAGAUUCCGGUAUCCAUAAAAUCCAUUUCUCCCGUCCUCCCUGCAUGUCCCGUCCCAGCAGCCGACGGCGAUACCCUUUACCUCUCGAAUCUUGAUGACGCGAUUGGUGUGCGAGUUUUUACUCCUACCGUCUACUUUUACCGAUCAAACAGCGAGAAACCGGUCGCGUCGGUUCUCAGAGAUGCUCUGGCAAGCGUUUUAGUGCCUUACUUCCCCUUCUCAGGUAGGCUUAGGGAGGCGAAAAAUGGGAAGUUGGAAGUGUUUUUUGGACCUCAACAAGGUGCACUUUUCAUUGAAGCUCAAACGGAUAUGUCCUUAGCCGAUCUUGGAGACGUGACCGUGCCAAACCCUGCAUGGACGGCAUUGAUCUACAAGUUCCCUGAUGAAGAGCAGUACAAAGUCAUUGACAUGCCGUUAGUAAUAGCACAAGCGACUCAAUUUAGCUGCGGUGGCUUUAGUCUUGGGCUGAGGAUGUGCCAUUGUCUUUCCGAUGGGGUUGGAGCUAUGCAGUUCCUGAGUGCGUGGGCUGCCACAGCGAAAGCCGGCUCAUUGGUUGUAAAUCCCAAGCCUUGUUGGGAUCGUGAAAAUUUUGGGCCCCGCAAUCCUCCUAAGGUUCAAUUUCCUCAUACAGAGUACAAGAGAAUUCUCGAUGGCUCAACUCUGACGAAGAGCCUGUGGGAAGUUAAGCCCAUUCAGAAAUGUUAUCGGAUUAGCCGCGAUUAUCAAGCCCGUUUGAAGACCUUGGCUCAAGCGGGAGGGGAUUUGCCAUGCACCACAUUUGAUGCCAUGGCAGCCCACGUGUGGAGAUCCUUUGUGCAAGCAUUGGAUGUGAAGCCUCUGGAUUUUGAGCUGCGCCUGACAUUUUCCGUCAAUGCAAGGCCGAAGCUCAAAAAUCAGCCGCUGAGUGAUGGUUUUUACGGCAAUGUACUGUGCGUAGCAUGUGCCACGAGCACCGUCCACGGACUUGUUAACGGAUGCCUCUCGGACGCAACCUGGCUGAUUCGCCAGGCUCGGUUGGAUGUUUCCGAGGAAUAUUUGAGAUCGACAAUUGACUACAUCGAAGUUGAUAGGCCCAUGAACCUGGAAUUCGGAGGAAAGCUGACAAUAACACAAUGGACUAGAUUUUCGAUUUACGAGUGUACUGAUUUUGGGUGGGGAAGGCCCAUUUACGCCGGUCCAAUAGACUUAACUCCAACGCCUCAAGUGUGCGUUUUCUUGCCCGAGGGAGGAGCUGAUUCCGAGGGUGCCAUGCUAUUGUGCAUCUGUCUGCCGGAAUCGGCUUCGCGCAGAUUUGGGGAACUUUUAUCGCUCAAUGAGAUUCCAUUAACGGCUCGUGAAGUGAAAGACAACCACCGCCAAGGUGGUAAGUGUUAA